CAACCCCUAAAAAUAAAAUAAAUUGAGAUUUUUCGCACAAUUUUCUCGUCGUUUCCAUUAUUUUCUCUCUUCUUGACUCGGUCGACGAAAUUCACCAACCCGUUCUCUCUUUCUCUUUCUCUCUUCUUUGAAUUCCCAAAGUGAUUGAAUCAAAAACUUCGUUUGAUUACAAUUCGAUUUCCCCCACACAAAAAAAGAGAUCUUGUUUUAAUUUCGCGGCGAGGGUUCGGUUUGGCUUUCCCGUUGAUCGCGUUGUUCUUCUUCUUCUUUGGUGAUUCAAUUUCUUCAAUUCAAUCAAAUUCGUAUCUUUCUUCUUCUUUGAUAAUGUUUAGGAUUUAGGUUUCGUAAUUUCUGAAAACCCUAGUUUAGUUUUUGUUCGAGAAAAAAGAAAAGGAAAACAAAAAAAAAAAGGAAAAAUCAAAUUUAUUCAAUUCAUUCUUUUUGUGUUACCCAAAUUCGGUUGUUAAUACGUCUCAAUUUCGAAUUUCUUUUCUAGGGUUUUUUAGGGUUCCAAGGAAGCUCUCAAAAUUUCUGGUGCCUAGUAUUUUUUUGUUGCCAUCUGAAAUCAAGAGUUUCCUUUUUCUCUCCAUAGAUCUAUUAAUUCAUCUUUCGAUUAUCCAAAAAAAAAAAUAACUUUUUAGUUUAUCUUCGGAUCUGAUCUAUCUUCUUUAGGGGGUUUUGAGUUUUUCUAGGGAUUGUGUACAAAAGAGGGAUUUUUUUGGUUUUGUUAGGUUUAAAGUGUAUAUAGAGAUUAAUAGAAAUGGCUUUAAAUUUUUCACAUAGACCUUUUUCUUCUCAUCUAUCUGAGGAACCAAUGAUGAUAGCCAAUGGGAAUUGGUGUUCAAGUUUCGAUAAUGGAAGGAAGAAUACUGGAGGAGAUGCUUCUUCUGUUGAUAUACUUGAUGUUUUGCCAUCUGAUCCGUUUGGUAUGGAUAUCAACAAUACUUUCACGGCUAUUACUGGAUGGCUUGAGGAUUUGGAGGAUGAUUAUAAUAACCAAUAUGGAAGAAGAAGAAGAGAUGACAUUUGGAUUGGUGAUGGAAACCGUCAGCAGCUGUUUGCUGGAUUGAGUUUCUUUUGGAACAAUGCAAUGCAGUUUCAGAGUAGUGGUUACAGUUAUGGAUCAGAGUCAUUGUUUGGUGGGGCGUUUGAUGGGUCUCUGUUUUCCACAUGUAAAUUCCCUGAAAGUAGUGGGGAAAAUAAUGGGUUUGGAGGGGCAUUAGAUGGUGAUGGAUCUUGUCAUGGUGCUUUCAUAUCUGCUAGUAGUGUUGAUGAGGUAUUGAGCCAUGAGAAUGCGAGGAAUGGUGAAGUUGUAGGAAGUAGUGAUCGCUGCAAUAAUGGAGAAGAGGAUGCGUAUGUUCAUCCAGCGAUUGGUUUUUGUCUUUAUCACUUGCGAGGGAAGGAUCUUCUUUCAGUUAGUAUGGUUUGCAAGUCUUUGCAUACUACUGUUUGUGAUGACACGUUACUUUGGAAGCAUAUCCACAUUUGUCGACCGUUGAAUGAGAAGAUCACGGAAGAGGCUCUACUGCAUUUAACUGAGAGGGCUCAGGGUACUAUGCAGUGUUUGAGGAUCGUAGAUUGCUGUAGAAUUACUGAUGAUUGUCUUAAGCGGGUGGUGGCGCGCAACCGACAAGUAGUCAAGAUUGGUGUGCCUGGAUGCACAAGGAUAACUAUCGAUGGUAUUUUGAGCGUCUUGAGGGAUCUGAAGUCUGCGGGAAAGCUUCAAGUGAAGCAUUUACAACUUCGUGGCCUCUUUGGAGUGACUAAAGAUCACUACGAUGAACUGAUUGACUUGUUGAACAUUGACAAUAAAGUCAAGCAGACUAUUCAGAAGCCGCGUUUUUACCAUAGAGGAGAAGCUUGUGUGUCCUGUGAUGAUGACCGGGCACUAGAUAUUGAGAUGUGCCCAAAGUGUCAAAAUUUUAAGCUUGUGUAUGACUGUCCAGCAGAAGAUUGUAAAGGGAAAAAGAAAGGUUCUGAGGAAUGCCGUGCUUGUUCUCUUUGCAUACAGAGGUGUUAUCAUUGUGGUCGGUGCAUCAUUGACACUGAAUACGAAGAAAUGUUUUGUUUAGAGCUUUUGUGUGCUGUUUGUUCGAAGCCGACCCCUAAGUUAACUCUCUAGGUAUAAAAUUCCAUCUGAGCCUUUCUCUUCUCUAUGAUUGAAUGACUCAGUCUCCACGGUUCAAUGGAGAUGAUCUUCAACUAUCUCUAGAACCUUUUUUUUUUUAAACAAUAAAAAUAUGUUCCAUUUCAUAUUUGUUGAACACUCUUAUCUUUAUUAUUGGAGAUCUAUUAAAAGUUUGCAUCUUUGGGUUGUUCUUGUUCUUCAUCUAAUAAUCAAACAAGAGAGAUCAUUUAUGUAAAUUUAAGAUAAGCUUUGACAAAU